AUUACCAUAUUGCCACCUCAACCUUACACCAAGUGGUGUUCCUUAUCUCUACCUUAAACCUAAGUAUUUUUUUCUCAUAUUGUCUUGUCCUUCUUCCUUUCUCUCUCUGUAAGCAUUUUUUUUCCCUCAAAAUUUUCAGCUUUCUCUCACUAUAUCUAUAUCUAUGUAGUUUCGAUUAUAGCAACAAAAACAAAAAGUUCAAUCAUACACCCCCCACUCCCCAAGAAUUUUGUGUUCUUGAUUUUGUUGUUGUUGUUUUCUUGGAUCAUGUGAAAAAAUACCCAUUUGGAUUUGGAUCUUGUUUUUUUUUUUUUUUUUUUGGAUCGGGUUUUAUCCGGGUUGUGAUUGGAAUUCGAGUUUUUUAGCCAUGACCCGAAGAUGUUCACAUUGCAGUACUAAUGGGCAUAACUCAAGAACUUGUCCUAAUAGAGGUGUUAAGUUGUUUGGAGUUAGAUUGACUGAUGGGUUGAUUAGAAAAAGUGCUAGUAUGGGUAAUUUGACUCAUUUUGGUGGUUGUGGUGGAGGGGGAGGUGGUAGUAGUACUGGUCUAAAUGGUGUUGUUCAUGAUUCACCUGGUGAUACACCUGAUCAUCCUGCUGUUGGUGGUGCUGCUGCUGAUGGUUAUGGUUCGGAAGAUUUUGUUGCUGGUUCUUCUUCUAGCCGUGAAAGGAAGAAAGGGGUUCCCUGGACUGAGGAGGAGCAUAGGAUGUUUCUACUUGGUUUGCAAAAGCUUGGUAAAGGUGAUUGGCGUGGAAUUGCUCGUAACUAUGUAAUUACUAGAACACCCACCCAGGUUGCAAGCCACGCCCAGAAAUAUUUCAUUAGGCAAAGCAAUAUGUCAAGGAGAAAAAGACGCUCCAGUCUGUUUGAUAUUGUUGCUGAUGAAUCAGGGGACACUCCAAUGGUGUCAAGGGAUUUCCUCGCUGAAGAUCCACAAGCCGAGAUGCAAAGCAACAAUCCGCUGCCUCCUACUCCUGUUGUGGAUGAAGAAUGUGAAUCAAUGGGUUCAGCAGCUUCUGCCAACUCCAUCGAUGGGGAACAUUCUCUUCCUAUACCUGAGAGUUCACAGUACCCUCAUCCACUCGUAUAUCCUGCUUAUGUUGCUCCAUUUUUCCCAAUGCCUUAUCCAUGUUGGCCAGGUUACACUGCAGAGCCAGCAAAGGCAGAGACCCAUGAAGUUCUGAAGCCAACAGCGGUUCAUUCAAAGAGUCCAAUUAAUGUUGAUGAGCUGGUUGGUAUGUCAAAGCUAAGUUUAGGUGAAUCCAUUGGUAAUGCCAAGCCACCUUCUCUUUCACUAAAGCUGGUAGAAGGCUCCUCCAGGCAGUCAGCUUUCCAUGCUAAUCCGUCAUCUGGUAGCUCAGGCAUGAACUCUAGCCACAGUCCAAUCCAUGCAGUUUAGUUGGGUGCAUUCACAUGAUAUGUUUCCUGUUAAUAUAUGAAAAUGUUCUGUAGUUGGGUGGGUUAGUUAUAGUUCUAUUUGUUGGGUUGAUCUUAAUAAGAUUGGUUUAGGUGUUAACUUCUUAGUUGGCAAUACUCGUAGCUUGUAGGCACUCUUGUUUUAAAGUAUUUAAGUUGAAGACUUUGAGUCGAAAA